ACACACACACGCACACACGCGGCUUCAACCCAUUGCUGCUAUCACACAGGUCCCACACACCGUCUUCGGACUGCUGCUACCGGGACCUGAACGAGGCGUCAGGCGGGGAAACAAGCCCACGUUGUACCGCUGGCUGCCGCCGCUGCCCCGGAGGAGCAGAGGGCGGGGAAGCAUCAAUGCCUCCAGGUCCCGUCGCACAUACCCUGGAUCUGUUCUCGUCAUCGGGCCUCCUGCGCUGAGAGAAUGAAAGGAUGGCCGAGCAGCGAUGCGGGGACCACGGUGGGCUGACGGAGGCUGCCGCAGCGACUCACCGGGGUGAGCAUCGCAACAAGAUGAAUCCGACGGAGGAAGCAGCAGUGGAGGGUCUCUCGUUGGAGAAGAUACUGGAACUUUAUAGCCAGCCCAUCAAUGAGGAGCAGGCUUGGGCGGUGUGUUAUCAGUGCUGCAGGACGCUGGCGAAGGGACAUCGGAGCUGGAGAAGCUCCUCCGCCGCCGCCUCCGCGUCUGCCGCCGCCACCUCCGCCGCCGGUGCAUCACCCUCCGCGGCUCCGAGAAGGAUAUCCGGACCGGGGGAUGUUAGGAUACAGAAAGACGGCUCUGUGAGGGUGGAACACCAGGGCUCUGAAGGUAUAUACAGUCCUUGCACAACAACAGAGGUGAUUGAGUCUCUGGGCAUCAUGAUCUACAAAGCUCUGGAUUACGGACUGAAGGAGAACGAGGAGAGGGAGCUGAGCCCCCCUCUGGAGCAGCUCAUCGACCUCAUGACCAACAUGGGCGAGGCUGAGAAGGACACCUGCCCCGACGAAGGCUAUGAGGCAACAGAGGAAGAGGAUGAGGCAGAGGAUGACCCUGACAACAUCUCCAGUGUCCAUGGUUACAGAGAUAUCCUCGAGCUGUGCACAGCUCAUCUACCCGGUCUAUCGGACGCCUCUAGCCACUACCAGGCAGUGUGUCGGGCUCUGUACACAGAAACCAGGGAGCUGAGUACUUUCCUGGAGAAGAUCAAGAGUGCCAAAGAGAACCUCCGUAAGAUGGAGGCAGGGCCAUCAGAGGAGCCUGACGGGGGCCUGAAUGAGCUCCAGAACGCCGACUGGGCUCGAUUCUGGGUUCAGGUGAUGAGGGACCUGCGUGAAGGAGUCAAGCUGAAGAAGGUGCAGGAGCGUCAGUAUGACCCUCUGCCCAUUGAGUUCCAGCUCACCCCCUACGAGAUGCUCAUGGACGACAUCAAGUCCCGACGCUACAAACUGCGCAAAGUCAUGAUAAAUGGAGACAUUCCACCUAGGUUAAAGAAGAGCGCACAUGAAGCCAUCCUGGAGUUCAUCAGGUCCAGACCACCUCUUAAACCCGUGGCGGCUCGUAAGCUGAAGCCACAGACUCAGCUUCCUCCGACGCUGCAUGAACGCAUCUUGGAGGAAAUCAAAUCAGAGAGGAAACUACGACCGGUGUCGCCUGGUGAGGUCCGCAGGGGAAGGCUGGGUCUUGGCAAAACUCGCAGUAUGCAGGAUUUGUUCCGUACUGGACUAGAUGACUUUAGUCCGUACAUGGGCAGGAGGACGUCCAGCUCUCUGUCUCUAUCCAAUGGAUCAGCGUGUCCCAGGGGAGAACCCUCUGGAUCUCAGUCUGUCCCUCCGAGGAAAAGGCUCCUGAAGGCUCCUAGCCUCGCCGAGCUGGACAGCUCUGACUCUGACGAUGAGACUGUCGGGCGCAGAUCAGCCAGCAGCUCCAGCGUGGCGACCUCUGUGAUGGAUGAUACGUCCCCAGAGAGUGCUCUGGGAAAGAAAACGCCCCCCAUGUUCCUGCCCAUCUCUUCUACACCCCAGCCAGAGAGGCGUCAAACCCCCCAGAGGAGACACUCCAUCGAGAAGGAAACCCCGACCAACGUCCGUCUGUUUCAGCCACCCUCCAAAAAGAGCUCCAAGUCUCUGGUGGGGAUGAUAGCAUCCUAUCGUCCCUGGAUACCCCUCCUCCUCCUCCUCCUCGGCCCUUCUUCCUCCACCCUUCACCAUUUGCAGAGCUCCCACCCUAUUGAGGCGUUUGUGUUGGGCUUGAUGAAGGCCGUUUUUGCUCUGUGCAGGGGCGUUUACGUCACAGGAAGAGAGUCGGCCAAGGAGGAGUUCUGUUUCCCUGUGGAGUGUCUGUCUCUGACGGUGGAGGAGGUGAUGCACAUCAGACAGGUGCUGGUUAAGGCCGAGCUGGAGAAGUUCCAGCAGUACAAAGACAUCUACAAUGCUAUGAAGAAGGGAAAGCUUUGCUUCUGUUGUCGAACCAAAAGGUUUUCCUUUUUCACCUGGUCCUACGUCUGUCAGUUUUGCAAAAAGCCUGUGUGUGCACAGUGCUGCAAAAAGAUGCGGUUGCCAUCCAAACCUUAUUCCAGUUUGCCCAUCUACUCCAUUGGCUCAACCAACACUCUCCCCAGGGAGAGGGUGACUGGCAUGGCUGCCGUAGGACAGGGACUCUCAGUGAUGGACGGUGUGGUUUUUGUUGCCGUGUCCUGAGCAUCGUGUACAGCUCCUUUACACCUCAGCAUACUUUAGAUCUGCCAAUCUAUUUUUUUUUUUUUUUACACCAUAUCAUAGAUAAUCCUUCAAUCUCUGGCCACAGACUUUUGAGUGGAGGUGCGAAGAACUGUUGAGAUGACAAAUGGCGUCUAGUUAUCCCAACUCACAUUCAAAUCAAUAAGCACAAGACAGAAGGACUUCCUCAGACCUUGGCACUGCGGGCGACACCAGGCCGGCAGAGGGAUCAUAUUGUACAGUCCUGACACUCAAUAUGGAAUAUUAAACUGUACAUUUUGUAUGGGCUUUAUUUUAGUAUUUUCCACAUUUGUUUACAGUAAAUGAUUGUUCAAAGAAGUCACCCUCUGCUUUUAAUUUUGACUUUUUAUUUUGCUGAUGAUGCUCAAUGAGACUUUCCACCACUGUCCCCUUUGCUAAGCACACUUGAAAGCAUGCAUGUGUUUGUUUUUUUCCUUACAUCGUUUUUUGCUGUUUUUUUUCUUCAUAAAAAUCUGUUUUCCCGCGGAUUUAGUGCCAAAUAAUAACAUCUUUCUGAUCUAUGUCACCCAAAGAAAAGUAAUGUCCCCCGAUGUAGGUUUGCAGUUGUCAUGCCACAAAAUUAUGAGUCAUCCUGGGCUAAGCCGUGCUUAUUAAAGCCUCUGAGAACGUG